UGCAUGAACCACAAAUUUCCGUAAUGUUCUAUUUAUACAGUCGUAUAUUUAAUUUGACUGUAUCAAAAUGUAUAAUUUCGAUUCAUUUUCUUUAAAUUUUGCAAGUUUCAAUAUUUUUUAGAUAAAGCCAAUUAUAAAGUGAGAUUACAUUUAAGAUUGACAAAUGUAAAUUCCUAUGUUAAUAAUAAGCUGUAAUUUGGGCCUGGAAUGAAAAAAUGAGCAAUAUAGAGCUGCCGGACGACUGUGCUAAGCAAUGGGAGAUACUUCUCCUACUUAUUUCUGCAGAAGAGAAGAAAAUCGACCGGACCAGCGAUGGCGAAAUAGAUACUAUGAAUUAUUUCUUCAAGAAUGAGGGGAUCAGGAGAAUCCUCCUACAAUGGCUGCAGCAGAUGAAGCAAUCAUACGCAAAGAAGAUGAGUGAGACGGACACAGCUUUGAAGUCAGAUGAAGUAGCACUCCUGUGGAGGCAGAAGGGAAAUGACAAAUUCCGAGCCAACCGACUGGAAGAUAGCUACAGAUGUUACAUGAAGAGUGUGCUCUACGCUCCACAGGAUGGCCCGAUGUAUCCCCUCGCCCUGGCUAAUAGAUCUGCUGCACUCCUACGCAUGAAACGGUUCCAGGAGUGCCUGUCGGACAUCAAGCUGGCGCUCGCUAGCGGCUACCCGAACGAGCAGCGUCACAAGCUGUUGCUGCGCCGCGCCGACUGUCAUAUAGAGCUGGGCCAGCGCACCAAAGCGCUUGAAGCGCUUAACGCUUCAUCACAACACGCCGCUAGUUUGAAGCUGUCUGCAGCGCAGUGCGCGGAAUUCGAGAGACACAUACGAGACCUGGAAAGGAAGGUGGAAGUAAUCGUGGAGGAGGAGAAAGUAGAGGAUGGCGUUAUACCGGAGUGCUACAAGGGCCUCAAUGAGAACUUCCAUGCCGCCUCUAAUGCUAUAGAGUUACGUCGUAAUGACACGGCGGGCCGUCACGUGGUGACGUGUCACGCGACACGUCGUGGCGACGUGCUGUUCUCCGAGGAGCCGUACGCGUGCGUCACGCUGCCGACCGGCACCGACAGCGCCGUUUGCGACAACUGUUGCAAGUCGUCUGUUAAUAUUGUACCUUGCAGCGCGUGUUCCCGCAGCGUGUACUGCGGGGCGGAGUGUCGGUCGCGCGCUUCCGCCGUUUUCCACCGCUGGGAGUGCGUCGGAGCGCAGGCGGACCUCUUCCCCACUGUGGGCAUAGCGCACUUAGCUUUAAGGGUGUUACUAGUGUCCGCCAGCGACGGUUUUCCAAAGGUGCCUACGACGGAACCCGAACCCCGGACGGCCGAGCAACUGUUCAACAGCUACUCGCGCGUCGACAGCGUGCAAAUAUACAAACAUGACACGCCGGCUUUCUACAGGAUGUUCAAUCUUGUCACAAAUUUUGAUAAGAUGAACAACGCUGAUUAUAUACAGUAUGCUCUGACGGCUACGAUGCUGACGCUGUACCUGGAGCGGUUCACGUCGUUCUUCGAGUACAUGUCGGGGAGGGUGCCGUACUCAAUGUCAGCGUCGCAGCUGCGGCUGUUCGCUGCGGCGGUGGUGCUGCGCAGUCUCGGGCAGCUGGUGUGCAACGGACACGCAGCGCUCAGCCUCGCCACUGUGGAGGAGGGGGAAGGUCGCACGGCUACAGAGCGGGAAGUGAGGCGCGCCACCGCGAUAUAUCCCUCUGCCGCCAUGAUGAACCACUCCUGCGACCCCAACAUUAUCAACACUUUCCACAAUGCGCGUCUGAUUGUGCGUUGUUCGCGUGAGUUGUGCGCAGGCGCAGAGGUGCAUAACUGUUACGGGCCGCACCGCGCGCGUGACGUCACAGCGCACCGACGCGCACAACUGCGCGCGCAGUACAUGUUCACGUGCAACUGUACCGCAUGCACGGACACAGAGAGGAGGGACUUUGUGUCGUUGUUCUCCGCGUACGCGUGCCAGUCGUGCAAGGGCCCGGUGCUGUGGAGCGGACGCCGCGCCCACUGCCAGCAGUGCCAGACCGACUUCAAGCUCGCCAAGGCGCUUACUACAGUCGAGAGGGCGGACGAACUCAUGGCGCAAGCGGAACGUGCCUCCGCCCCUGAGGAGCGGUGCGAGAAGGCGCUUGCGUCGUUCAAACUCAAACAGCAGGUGUUACAUCGCCAUCACACCGCACUGCGUACCACUGCCGACCGACUCGCCAGGAUAUACGCUGACGUCGGCGAAUUCAGCAAAAGCGUGGAGCUGAUAAAGCAGAAUAUACAGAGUCUGGAGUACCAGUUCGGCUCGUUCAGUGUUGAGGUGGCGCAUGAGUUGAGGAAACUGUCCGACGUGAUGUUAGAACGCCUCGUGAACUCGCCGCAGCAUCCCGAUUGCAGGGAAUGGUGUCUAGAAGCUCACAAGAUAAUCAAAAAGGCGGUGCAGUUAAUGGAACUCAACUACGGCUCGUGGGAGCCGCUAGUGAAGAGACUGAGGGAGCACGAGGCGGUCGUGGCUUCGAUGCUCGCUCACAGCCGCACACCGGAGACAGCCAAUAACAUACACCACAACCUGCACUACAACCUCAAAAUAUAAACUAAUCUAGACUAUACGUCCCGUGACCGGGUGGGACCAAAGUGGAUCCUAAUUUGGGGCCAUGACGUGGAGUGACGUCGCUCCAGCCAAUGUUCCUCUGUUAUUAACCCUCAGAGUUUAUGUGAUUUUAAAUAUAUUUGUAUUGAAUCAAUGUGAACGAAAAUUAGGUUAAGGCAAGUUUUUAAUAUUUUAGUUUUAAGUGUGCCUGGUAAGAAAGCGAAUGGGAUUGUAGAAGAGUUGGGAAUGUAUUGAUUAGUUAAUUGCAUUAAAUACACUGAAAAGCUACUAGUUUCUAGGAACGGACUGGCGAGGCGAAUGUCUGCAGGCUCAAAACCCAGGGUCACGCACCUGGCAACUGAAACUUCUAGUUUUAUAUUUGUGAAUUAUGGCUUGGUGUAACGGUGAAGGAAAAUAUCGUGAGGAAACCUGCAUACAUCAUAAAUUCUCUCAGAAUUUCGUAGGUGUGUAGUCUACAGCGGCGAAGGGUGACAUUUUUCAAAAGGUAACCCGAUCCUUAAAAAAAAUCCUUAAUUAACACAUCGCGACCAAUUUAACAAAAAACAAUAAGUAAGACAAACGUAAAUAAACCGAAAAGGGAAGCCGGUAGGAAUCGGUUUGUAUGGACGCUUCGCCACUGGUAGUCUACCAACCUCCACGAGGCUAACGUGGUGGAAUAAGUGCAAAACCCUCUCAGUAAUAAAGGAGACCCGUGGCCAGCAGUGUGACAAUAUAUAAUUCAGGGCGGACAUUAUUUAUAUUUUGUUUAAGGUUAUAGGUUAUAAUUUCGUCGUAUUAAAUUUUAAAGGCCGAAAUAUCCAUGCAUAUUAAUUAUUUUUACGUUUUUCUUUCAACUGCGAGAAGUAAUCACUAACUAGACGUGAAUUUAAAUUCUUUACUUGUCAAUACUUGUUUAGUUACCCAGAUUAAAGGUGAAGCAAAAUGUAUGAAGAAUGGAUCUUAAGCUAUAACCUUAAUACAUUUUUUUUAUAUGGACAAAAUGACCCCUCUGUACCUGAUAGGAAGUGGAGUGGUAUAAUAGAAUGUCAACUGACGACAUGAUUACCCCUCGACAGUUGACACAAUUAUGCCGGCCUGUUGAAACCGGAUAUACACAGGCGAUGAUACGGAACGCGACACACUUGCCUGUGCUAUAUGAGUUUUAACAGCUUGUGUACGCUGGCCGCUAUCCCGGCGGAUAUAAAAUAUAUCCCACUUAAAUUAAACUAUUACUUAGGUCACGGCGGCAAAGCGGUCAAAGCGGCGAUAGCCUAGUUGGGUGUGGAACGGACUGCCAAGACGAAUGUCCGCAGGUUCAAAUCCCAAGGGCACACACCUCUGACUUUUCUAAAAAUCAUGUGUGUAUUCUUCGUGAAUU